GCGACCCGGCGAUUCCAACCAACUGAACCAGUUGAACCGCCAAGCCUGACAUUUGACCACCAUCCCCAUUUUCUACUUGAUUCUCUCUCUCUAACUCUCAAAUGUCCGAAGUACCCAAUUCCUAACGAACAUCAUCAGAACGACGAGGUUGAUCUCAAAUGGACAUACUCUUCGCCCAGAUUCAAGCGGACCUCCGCUCCAACGACGCCCUCCGCCAGUCCGGCGCACUUCUCCAGGCUCUCCAGCAAUCCGCCGCCGGCCGCGACAUCUCCGUCAUCGCCAAGACCGCCGUCGAAGAGAUCGUCGCCUCCCCCUCCUCCGCCGUCUCCAAAAAACUCGCCUUUGACCUCAUUCGUUCCACCCGCCUCACUGCCGACCUCUGGGACACCGUCUGCACGGGAGUUCUCACCGAUCUCGACUUCCCCGAUCCCGACGUCAGCGCUGCCGCUGUCUCCAUCCUCGCCGCAAUCCCUUCCUACCGCCUCUCCAAGCUCAUUACCGACGCUCAGAAGGAAAUCAACAGUUGCUUCGAUUCGCCUAGCGACAAUCUCCGGUUCUCCAUUACUGAAACUCUCGGAUGCAUUCUGGCGCGCGAUGACCUCGUCACGCUCUGUGAAAACAAUGUCAAUUUGCUCGACAAGGUGUCGAAUUGGUGGUCCCGCAUUGGCCAGAACAUGCUCGACGGAUCCGACGCCGUUUCAAAGGUCGCGUUCGAGUCGGUGGGGCGGUUGUUUCAGGAGUUCGAUUCCAAGAGGAUGAGCAGACUGGCUGGUGAUAAGUUAGUGGACAGUGAGAACUCGCUGGCGAUUCGAUCCAAUUGGGUAUCGUCGAUGGUCGACUUCGUGUGGAAGAAGCGGAGUGCGUUAAUGGCCAGGUCGUUGGUUCUACCGGUGGAGAGUAUCCGGGCCACAGUGUUUCCGAUCGUGUACGCGGUCAAGGCCAUGGCUUCAGGUUCAGUGGAGGUCAUAAGGAAGCUGUCAAAGUCGUCCAAGGGCUCCAAUGGGACGGUUGUGGAUACCAAUGCGGAGAGGUUGGUGGGAGUUUCGGAUGUGGUCACGCAUUUGGUGCCAUUCUUGGCCUCGUCAUUGGAUCCGGCUUUGAUUUUCGAAGUUGGGAUUGAUAUGCUGUAUCUGGCUGAUGUGCCUGGUGGGAAGCCUGAGUGGGCUUCACAGUCGAUGAUCGCAAUUCUCACACUUUGGGAUAGGCAAGAGUUUGCUUCUGCAAGAGAGAGUAUUGUUAGAGCUGUGGUUACCAAUCUGCACCUGCUUGAUCUUCAUAUGCAGGUUUCGUUGUUUAAGAGGCUGCUUCUUAUGGUGAGAAAUUUGAGGGCAGAAUCAGAUCGUAUGCAUGCUUUAGCUUGUAUUUGUCGAACAGCGCUUUGUGUUGAUCUCUUUGCAAAGGAGAGCGUCCGAAGAGGCCAGAAACCUCUUGCCGGAACUGAUAUAGCUUCACUUUUUGAGGAUGCAAGAAUCAAAGAUGAUCUUAAUAGUGUUACAAGCAAGACCUUAUUUAGGGAGGAGUUAGUGGCAUCAUUAGUUGAAAGUUGUUUUCAGUUGUCUCUGCCUUUGCCUGAACAAAAGAACACAGGGAUGGAGAGCAGGGUUAUAGGAGCCUUGGCAUAUGGAACUGGUUAUGGUGCACUAAAUUGGACAGAGCCUGCUUUGGAAGUGGUGGAGGUUUGCCGGCCUUGUGUCAAAUGGGAUUGUGAUGGCCGGACCUAUGCAAUUGAUUGCUAUUUGAAGUUGCUUGUGAGGCUUUGUCAUAUUUAUGAUACUAGGGGAGGUGUAAAAAGAGUUAAAGAUGGGGCUUCACAGGACCAAAUUUUAAAUGAGACAAGAUUGCAGAAUUUGCAACGUGAACUUGUGAAAGAUCUACGCGAGGUACAUACCCCAAGAAUAUGUGCUCGCCUUAUUUGGGCUAUUUCAGAGCACAUAGAUCUAGAAGGUCUGGACCCACUUCUUGCUGAUGAUCCUGAGGAUCCAUUGAACAUGAUUAUUUCGAACAUCCACAAGGUUUUGUUCAAUAUAGAUUCAUCUGCUGAUUCAGCAAACAGGCUUCUAGAUGUUCAGGCAGUUCUUUUAUGUGCUCAGCGGUUGGGAUCACGCAACCCAAGGGCUGGGCAAUUACUGACUAAAGAACUUGAAGAGUUCAGGAAUAGUAGUACUGCGGACUCUGUUAACAAGCAUCAGUGCCGUUUGAUAUUGCAGAGAAUCAAGUAUGUUACAAGUCAUCCAGAAAGCAGGUGGGCAGGGGUGAGUGAAGCCAGAGGUGAUUACCCAUUUAGCCACCAUAAACUAACUGUCCAGUUCUACGAAGCAGCUGCAGCUCAGGAUAGAAAGUUAGAAGGAUUGGUUCAUAAGGCUAUUCUAGAACUUUGGAGGCCGGAUCCUAGUGAACUAACCCUUCUUCUGACUAAAGGAGUUGAUUCCACCUUACUCAAAGUUCCUCCCAGUGCAAUUACUUUGACUGGUAGCAGUGAUCCCUGCUACAUCGAAGCAUAUCAUUUGGCAGAUUCUAGUGAUGGAAGGAUAUCUCUCCACUUGAAGGUCUUAAAUUUAACUGAGCUUGAGCUCAACCGGGUUGAUAUUCGAGUUGGGUUAUCUGGUGCAUUAUAUUUUAUGGAUGGGUCUCCUCAAGCAGUACGGCAAUUGCGUAGCCUUGUUUCACAGGAUCCAGUACUUUGCAGCGUAACUGUGGGUGUUUCCCAUUUUGAAAGGUGUGCCCUUUGGGUUCAAGUCUUAUACUACCCCUUUUAUGGAAGUGCUGCUAUAGAAUAUGAAGGUGACUACACUGAAGAAGAUCCGCAAAUCAUGAGACAAAAGAGAAGUUUAAGGCCAGAACUGGGAGAACCUGUCAUUUUAAGGUGUCAACCUUACAAAAUUCCGCUGACCGAGCUUCUUUUGCCUCAUAAGAUCUCGCCCGUUGAAUUUUUCCGCCUAUGGCCCAGUUUACCAGCCAUAGUAGAGUACACUGGUACAUAUACUUAUGAAGGAAGUGGCUUCAAGGCUACCGCUGCACAGCAGUAUGGGGCAUCUCCUUUCCUGAGUGGGCUAAAAUCCUUGUCAUCCAAGCCAUUCCACAGAGUUUGUUCACAUGUUAUCCGAACAGUGGCAGGAUUUCAGCUGUGCUUUGCUGCAAAAACCUGGUAUGGUGGCUUCUUGGGCCUGAUGAUCUUUGGAGCCAGUGAAGUGAGCCGAAACGUUGACCUGGGCGAUGAGACUACGACCAUGAUAUGCAAAUUUGUGGUUCGAGCUUCUGAUGCAUCGAUUACAAAGGAGAUAGGAUCAGAUCUACAGGGCUGGUUGGAUGACCUCACAGAUGGGGGUGUUGAGUACAUGCCUGAAGACGAAGUGAAGGUGGCAGCUGCCGAGAGGCUUAGGAUCUCGAUGGAACGGAUAGCUUUGCUAAAGGCAGCCCAACCUAAGAAAAAGAUUCCGAAAUCUGAUGAUGAUGAUGACGACGAAGAAGAAGAGGACGACGAAAGCGAUGAAGGCGACGAGGGUAAAAUGAAGAAAAAGAAGGAAAAGAAAAAAGAUGGCGAGGAAAAUGGGAAACCAAAGGGACCUACAACCCUGUCAAAGUUGACAGCAGAGGAGGCUGAACACCGUGCUCUUCAAACAGCAGUGCUUCAAGAGUGGCAUGUGUUGUGUAAGGAUAGAAGUGCUAAAGUUAAUUGACGGACCGACACAAUCUUUUUCCAAGUGAAACCAACAGCCUGGAAUUUCCUUCGCAUUUCGCGGCUCAACGCGUAUGGGAUAUCAAUCAACAGAGUUAACUUUCCUCCAUGCGGAUUGCAUCCAAAUCCACCAGAGUCAUGCGCUUGCACAAGUGAGUCUGGAGUGGUUAGUGAAGGGGGAGCUACUUGCGGGGGUUGUGACAACUAACCAUGUGUGUAACUCCAAGGUUUUUGAGUGCUUGGCAGACGCUUGCGAUUUCCACGGGAUUUCUUCGCUUUCGACUAAAUUCAAUGGUCACUUGGCCAGGUCUCGUGUGCUUCAUCACACCUUCAAUCCCGGCCCGAGCAUUAACAGAGGCAUUCAAGUAGAUGUAGACGUUAAAUUUUAGGAAAUCAAUUGGUUUUUUUUUUUGUGUGAAAAUUGUAACUAUUAAACCGGGGUUUGUCUCUCUUCCCCCCUAAUCUGUUGUUUUAUUUUAUUUUUUUCUGUUUCUUGGCCCAUUACUCAUAUCGAAUUAUACAGGAGAGGAGAGAGGUUGAGUUCUUCAUAUUGUAAAACGACGUUUGUAAAAUUUGAGAGUUAUGUAUUUUCGUUCA